CCAUUCGCCACCGUCUUGUUCGAGAAGAUCAAUAUCUGCAACCCAUAAAUGUUUUCCACUGGCAACCUUCAACGGAAAGCUGUUCGUGGGCCCAACAAGUCAUCGCUGUCCGCCUCGGGCGCAGCCUCAAGUGGAGAAUUCGUCCUGAUCCACAAACACCUCAAGCUCUUGACAAGCCCAUAAUCUCCCGCCAGCAUUGCUAUCGUCAACCUCGCACAGCAUCUACCAGAGGAAUAGGGAUCAGAGCCAGGCAUGACAACAACCUAGUUUAUUCUUAGCAUCCGUCCGGGCGGCUGGGGGCUGCUCCUGGCUCAGAAAGCACGGUCCAUGGAUAUUGCGUUUCGCGCGCCGGUUUCCAUAAAAUCUCCAGCAUGCGCUCCCCUUCUCCCCAAAAUGCCGUCGUCGAGCUCGACGACUUUGCGACUUCGUCUUCCGAGCGCAUUUCGCGCUGGGAGGCCGCCGAACCGCUCCUGUCCCAGUCGAACAGUCCUCUCGAGUCAAGGCCCAAGAGCAAAACCGUACCCGGAUUCGAGAAAUCCAGAGCUGCUCGCCUGCUCUCGAGGCUGCAAACGGAAUCGGAGCCUGGCCUCACAAAUUCUCAGUUGAUGCUUACCAACCAUGACCUGAAGCCGGUCGAGCCACAACGACGCCAGUGGACGGCUUGGAGCUUUGUCGCCUUCUGGAUCGCUGACUCGUUCAACAUCAACACCUGGAUGAUUGCUUCAACCAUGCUCACUUCCGGCCUUGCGUGGUGGCAUGCAUUGAUUUGUAUUCUGAUUGGGUAUUCAGCCUCGGCGAUGCUGGUCUGCUCGACUGCGCGAAUAGGAGCCACGUACCAUAUCUCCUUCCCCGUUGUUUCUCGUGCAUCCUUCGGCAUCUGGGGAUCACUCUGGCCGGUCUUCAACCGAGCCGCCAUGGCCUGUGUCUGGUACGGUGUGCAAGCUUGGAUUGGUGGCCAGUGCAUCACAUUAAUGAUUCGAUCGAUCUGGCCAUCCUUCUACACUCUGCACAAUGGCAUCCCUGAUUCAGGCACCAACACGAGGGACUUUGUGGGAUUCUUCAUUUUCUGGGUCGCAUCUCUUCCUGCCAUCUGGUUGCCCGUCCACAAGAUUCGCUACCUCUUCAUGGUCAAGUCUUACAUCGUGCCGGUAGCUGGACUUUCCCUCUUUGGCUGGGCGGUCAGCCGUGCACACGGCAUGGGCCCGAUAGUGAGAGAGCCGCCGACUGCCUCGGGUUCUGCACUUGCAUGGGGAUGGGUGAUUGGUAUCAUGAGUUCUAUUGCCAACUUUGCAACUCUGAUUGUCAAUAACCCCGACUUCUCCCGUUUCGCCAGAAAACCGCGAGAUGCUCUCUGGACACAGCUCUUCACCAUCCCUAUCGGGUUCGUGGUGACUUCUUUUGUGGGUAUUGUCGUGUCCUCGUCGUCAAAGGUCAUCUACGGUACAGCUAUUUGGAAUCCCUUGGAACUUCUCUCUCAGUUCCUCCUGGACGAUGCGACAUCGGCGGAGAGAUUUGGCGUCUUUGUCAUUGCGUUCGCGUUUGCGCUUGCCCAGCUGGGAACGAAUAUUGCAGCGAACAGCGUUUCAGCAGGUACGGAUAUGGCAGCCUUACUGCCUAGAUACCUCAACAUCCGCCGAGGAGGCUACAUCUGCGCGAUCAUCGGCCUCUGCAUGUGCCCCUGGAAUUUGUUGAAGACCUCGAACAAUUUCACCACAUAUCUAUCGGCAUACAGCGUCUUCCUGUCUUCGAUUGCGGGCGUCAUCUUCUGCGACUACUAUUUCGUGCGCAAGGGAUAUUACUCGGUCAGAGAUCUCUACUCGGCUCGGAUAGGAUCACCAUAUUACUAUCAUUUCGGCAUAUCAUGGCGCGCAUAUGCCUCGUAUAUAUGUGGCGUUCUCAUCAACGUUGUUGGUUUCGCCGGCGCGGUUGGGGCCAAAGUACCCAUCGAAGCGAACUACAUCUACAGAGUCAACUUCUUUGCCGGGUUUCUGGUCGCUCUCGUCGUGUACUAUUUGCUGUGUUGGAUCAAGCCCGUCCCCGCGACGAGCUCGGUAUGGUGCGAAAAGGGCGACGGAGCAGGUGACCAGUUCAGCCUGGCCAACUCGCCAGACGACGGAUUUGAUGAAAGCGCUGUUGAGAUGACGAGCACGGACGGCGGGGCAAGUAGGGAGAAGAUCGACAGGUAUCGGGACAGGCUCAGACGCGAUUCGAACCGCGGAUGAUGUUCCAGAGUCUCCCCUUGCGAGUAGAAUUGAGACGAAAUAGAAGCAGUGCACAUCCAAUCUAGUCAUGUUGCGGACAGAGGAGCCCGACUUGCUCAAAACAGGCAGGGAGGUACCGAGCGCGUAGCGGCAAAGGAUGCCUGGUAGCCUGAUAUAUGUGGACCUUCUUCCCGGGUCGGCAAGUAUCUACCUAGGUAGAAAGUAAUAGGGGAGUGAAGAGAUAAUGGAUGGGGAGUGAGGAUGAGGAGUGAGGAGGUGAAUAAAAGGCUAAAGGUAUAAAACAAGGCUACCCGCUUGAUAACAC